AGCGUUGUGGUUGAGAAAAUUGUUGAGCGAAAUGACGGGAAGUGAAUUAAAGUCGGUAACUCUGUAGGUCGACAACAAAUUUGGGAGUGCAUCGAUGAAAAAUGCAGUUUUAGGGACGUAGCGAACACUUUACCCAUUAAUUCCGAUUCCAACACCAAUUCGUUGAUGAUUCUUCCCUUUCCUUGAACACCAACUCUAUGAUCAACAUUUUGAUUCCUUUUUGGAAUCCAUCUUCCUUCCUUUCUUUACCAGACAAUCACUUUGUUUCUUCCAAGUUCAUCCAAUGUCGACCAGCCGGAAUAUCUCUCCUCCUCAAUCGCUUCCGGGUUUAAACCCUAACAAACUGCGGCGGUUGCCCCAUCUUUUCAGCCGGGUUUUGGAGCUUCCCUUUUUUAAGUCCGAUGCCGAUAUUUCCAUUUCCGAAACCUCUGAUUGCUUCCGAUUCGUAGCGGAAACUGAUGGACUCCGCCGCGAGUUUAGGGCGCACACGGUUCAUAUCCAUCCCGGAGUCCUCAAGGUUGUGAUUACACAAAUUGGGGCUCUGGAGUUGAAGUUAGAUGAACUGGAAAUCGAUACGUGGAGAUUUCGACUGCCGGAAACGGCUCUGCCGGAGCUUGUAACCGCCGCGUUCGCCGGCGGAAAGCUGAUCGUGACGGUUCCGAAGACGGAAGACGCCGGAAAAGGUGCGUGGGGGGAUAAGAAAGGGGAUUGUUUAGUCAAUCUUGCUCGCUCUGUUUCCAUUUUUCAUAUAUUGAAAGGAAUUUAAUGAAAUUUGAGCU